AUGGCGAACCCGAGGUGUUUUCUGGAUAUCAGCAUUGGGGGCGAGAGGGAAGGGAGGUUGGUGGUGGAGCUGUACAGCGACGUCGUGCCUAAGACCGCGGAGAAUUUCAGAGCUCUGUGUACGGGGGAGAAAGGCGUCAGCCCUCACACCGGCGUCCCCCUCCAUUACAAGGGUUCACGCUUUAACCGUAUCAUCCGAGGAUUCAUGAUUCAAGGUGGUGAUAUAUCCUCGGAAGAUGGAGUGUCCGGAGGUUCCAUUUACGGAGAGCAUUUCGAGGAUGAGAAUUUCGAGCUGAGACAUUCGAGGAAAGGGAUACUAUCAAUGGCUAACUCCGGUCCAGACACAAACGGGUCUCAGUUUUUCAUCAUCACAACCCAAUCCUCUCACCUAGAUGGAAAGCACGUCGUUUUUGGUAAGAUGAUCAAAGGAUUUGGGGUCCUUCGCGCGCUCGAGCAUGUUAGCACUGCCGAUGAUAACUAUCCGAGUGUUGAUGUUGUGAUCAUCGAUUGUGGAGAAAUUCCCGAGGGAGCAGAUGAUGGGACAAUCAACUUCUUUGGAGAUGGCGAUAUGUACCCCGAAUCGCCUAUGGAUCUUGAUUCGAAACCUACUGAUGUCUUGUGGUUGAUUUCUGCUGUAGAGUCUAUAAAAGCCGUGGGGAAUGAGUGGUAUAAGAAACAAGACUACAAGAUGGCCACCCGAAAGUAUCGUAAGGCACUCAAGUAUAUGGAUUUGUGCUGGGAUAUGGAGGAUAGUACAUCUUUGAUGAAAACUAAGUCUCAAAUCCUUACCAAUAGCUCAACCUGCAAAUUGAAGUUGGGAGAUCUCAAAGGAGCAUUGCUGGAUGCAGACUUUGCGAUUCGUGAUGGAAAAGAUAAUCCAAAAGCUUUCUUCCGCCAAGGCCAGGUUUAUUUGGCACUCAAUAACCUGGACAAUGCGGCCCAAAGUUUUCAGAAAGCACUAGAGUUGGAGCCGACUGAUGGUGGUAUAAAGAAAGAGCUUGCUGCUGCAAAGAAGAAGAUAGCUGAUAGGCGUGAACUGGAGAAAAAAGCAUAUGCAAGGAUGUUUCAGUAG